AUGAGUUCCAAAAUAUUGAAAUUGUUAAACGAUAACCCAUGCGAUCUUGUUAGUUCCAAUAAGUCAACUAACCAAUCACUAGGAUUGGUUAAACAGCAUAUGGAUUCUAUCAUCAGAUCCUAUAAACAGUUGGCUGCUGAUGAAUCCUUCAAAAUUGGACUGGAUCAGAUUAUUGUUGAUGGGCUGGACGCUAAUCAAGUCUGGUGGCAGGCUAAGACUGUUCUGAAUAGUAUUGAGGGUGAUUUAAUCAAUAGAAUACAGGAUUUACAAAGUAUUGUCUCUUCCAAUACUCAACAAGAGAAUGAUGAUGCUGAUGAUGAUGACGAGGAAGAGGAGGAGGAAGAAUCUCAAGAAGAAAAAGGAGAAGAUGAAGAAUCUCAAGAAGAUGAGGUAGAAGAAGAAGACGACAAAAAGAAGGAGGAAAACGAAGAGGUAAUAGAAGAAGAACAAAGUGAUCUUCCCUCUGAUGUCUAUGAAGAUGCAAAAGAAAAUAUAUUUAUUCAUCAAAAUGAUUCUGUAUCCGAUAAUAGUAGUGAGAAAGAAGAACAAGAAGAAGAUAUUUCAGAAAAGGAUGAAUUGAAUGAUAAAUUCUUUGAUAUUGAUGAAUUCAAUAAACAAACUCUGGCUUUAGAGAAUGGAAACGAUCUUCAUGAGGAUCAAGGUGAUGAGGAUGACGAUAUCGAUUAUUUUGGUGAUAUUCCUUCAGAAGAAGAAGAUAAGGAAGAGGCAUUAUAUUAUGAUGAUUUCUUUGAUAAACCAAUUGAAAAGAAAGCAGCACCUAACAGAAAGAGCCGCGAAACAAAUGAUUCAGAUUUUGAUGAAUUGAAUGAAAGUGAUUAUGAAACUGCAAUGGAUUCUGUUAAAUUAGAUUUGUUUGAAGAAAAUAAUGACAGUGAAUAUGAAAAUGAUAAGGAUAUGGACAAAUUAUCAAGUUUUGAGAAACAGCAACUAGAAAUACAGAGACAGAUCGAACAACUGGAAAAAGAAGCUGUCGAAGAAAAAAAAUGGGCAUUAAAGGGUGAAGUCAAAGCUAAAGAUCGUCCAGAAGAUGCAUUGUUGAUAGAAGAUUUAGAGUUUGAUAGAAAUUCAAAACCUGUUCCUGUUAUAACAAGCUCUGUGACGGAAUCCUUAGAAGAAAUGAUUAGAGAUAGAAUUAAAAAUCAUAAUUUCGACGAUUUAUUGAAAAGAACCGUUGUUGAUAUACAAAAUAAAAAAGUUAAACCGGAUUUUGAACUAAGUGAUACAAAAUCUGCUAAAUCCUUAGCUGAAUUAUAUGAGGAUGACUACAAAGGUGUUGACGAAAAUAUGGAGAUAAAUGAAGAAUUACAAAAGAGUCAUGAUGAAAUAUCUGAAUUAUUUGCCAAUUUGACCUAUAAAUUAGAUGCAUUAUCAUCAGCUCACUUCAUUCCAAGACCAUCUAAAAAGACAUUAGAAAUUAGGGUGGACACUGCAGCUAUUGCUAUGGAAGAUGCACAGCCAUUAACUAUGUCCUCGGCAUCUACUCUAGCACCUCAAGAAAUAUAUUCUGUUACUAAAUCAGAUAGUUCGAAUGAAAUCAGAUUAAAAGAUGGUACCACUAUGUCUAGAGAUGAAUUGUCCAGAGAAGAUAAGACUAGGUUACGCAGGGCUGCCAAAAGAAAGAGAGCCAAACAAUUGGCAAAACAAAGUGGUAGUGUCAAGAAAAGUAAAAAUGAUAAUAUCAUCGAGACAUUAUCCAAUGCUAAAAACAUUACAAUCAUUAAUAAAAAGGGUGAAAAGAAAGACAUUAAGGGUAACACUAUUUCUAAUCAAAAUAGUAAUGCAAACAAAAUUGAAAAUAUAAAGUUAUAA